ACGCUAACUUCAGUAUUCAUCUAAAUACUAUAUUAUACAUUUUUAAGCAAAGGCAAUGCAUAAUGAGCGACAUUAAGGGUUCAAAAAGCUUUUAAAUAACGCUUUCAAAGAAAAGUAUUAGGCUACUUUGAGGAACUAAACUCUGAUCUUUAGACACAAGCGCUCCCAAACGAGUCUGAUCUUUACAAGCUGUAAAUUCAAACCGUUAAUUUAGAAAAUAUUUCAUUUAAAUGGACUAAAAUGGAUAUUUCAAUAAGGUAAAAAAAAUUUCCACAGAGGCGUUUUCCAUCCUUUACUGCGACGCCAUGACUUCUAAUGUAAUCCGAGUCCUGACCAAAUGAGAAUCAGAGAUUUUUUGGGGAACAGUUCAAGAACAAGAUGGCUGUCCUGGGGCAAGCAAAGUAACUUUCUUGUUUAACGUAAACACAGCGUUUCUGAGCGGUCGUCAAGCUCAUGUGAAUAGCUAAUUAGGUAACAACUUUAAAAGCUUUAAAGGCAUCGCUUUAUAACCACGGACAUCGUUUUUGAGACGGAAUGAGACGGAAUGAAGAUUGCUUGAUGUUUUCUCGAGGAAAGUUUUCUUAACGGUUUGUUGAGAGUGAAAACGUUGGCUAUGAGGAGCAGGACUGCGUUAUCGUUACUUAAAUGUAUCUAUUGUGACUUUUUACAGACAGUGUAACGGUGUAUAUAUCUAGGUUAUUUAGUUAACUUAGUGUAUUGACUACGUCUGCGUUGUUAGUUCGUCAGUAAAAUUACCCGAAGUGCUUCAGUCAACAUUUAUUAGAGGUUUUUGCGUUUUUGUCUAACGUUAACUUUUUCAGAUGCCCCACAUUAGAUAAAAAAAAAAAGAGUAACAUUAGCUAUCUGGACCAUGAGUUCAUCUCGAGUCAGACCGCAGAGCCAGACUGUCAGGGUGCCGCACCGACUCGACACAAGCGAAGGGAUAGAGAUGGAGAACAUGCAGCAUCAAGACCUGGGUCUCGGAGGAGUAAUAGGCACCCCGUCCCCUCCGUCCAGACAAGCAUGGAGUCGUGAUAACCCGGGGUUUGAGCCUGAGGAUGAGAUUAUGGAAGCCGACUGGCCUCCAGCGAGUCCCGGGAGGAGGUCAGUGUCCACGGGCUCCAGCAGCAGCUGCAGCAGCGGCCUGGGCAGCUACACCGGCGGAGGCAGCAGCACCCACAUCCCCCGAGGAGGACUCUACCCGACCCCGACCGUGGAUGCCCAGCAGCAGGACAGACACGAGCACCCCAGCUGUAUGAAGCAGAUACUCCAAAAGAUCAGAAUUCUGUGGGGCACGGAGCUGAUGGAGGACAGUGACAGCAGUCGAGAAAGGUACCUCAGGAACGUACUGAGGGAGAUGCUCACAUAUUUUGCAUUCCUCAUUACCACUUGCAUCUUGACAUAUGGAAUGGUGAGCGCCAAUAUGUACUACUAUACCAAAGUCAUGUCUCAGCUCUUCCUGGACACACCGCUGUCUGCCGCGGACCCUUCCACUUUUAGAGACCUCUCAACCAUGGAGGAUUUCUGGAAGUUCACAGAGGGACCUUUCCUCAAUGGCAUGUACUGGGAGGUGUGGUACAACAACAAGAACCUCCCGGAGAAUCAGAGUCUCAUCUACUACGAGAACCUCCUCCUUGGGGUGCCACGGCUCCGGCAGGUCAAAGUCCGUAAUGAGUCCUGCUACGUCCAUGAAGAUCUGAGAGACGAGGUUCAGGACUGCUACAACAUGUACACCCCAACCAACGAGGAUACUACCUCUUUUGGCCCGAAGAAUGGAACUGCGUGGGUGUAUGCGACAGAGAGUGAGACGAAUGGGAGCAGUUACUGGGGUCAGGUAUCUAAAUAUGGAGGUGGAGGAUACUACCAAGACCUGUCUCGUACGAAAGAAGAGUCAGCAAUCCAACUGCAGUUUCUCAAAGACCACAUGUGGCUGGACAGAGGCACCAGAGCAGUGUUUCUUGACUUCUCUGUGUACAAUGGGAACAUCAACCUCUUCUGCAUUGCCAGGUUGUUGGCGGAGUUCCCUGCUACUGGCGGGGUGGUGACCUCUUGGCAAUUUCAAACCGUGCGUCUAAUACGAUAUGUGUCCAGCUGGGACUACUUUGUUGGUGUUUGUGAGGUGGCAUUCUGCCUAUUCAUCCUUUACUACGUGGUGGAGGAGGUGCUGGAGAUCCGCAUUCACCGCCUGCAUUACUUCAAGAGCCUGUGGAAUUGUCUGGAUGUUAUCAUUGUCACAUUAAGUGUUGUUGCUAUUAUUAUGAACAUAACCAGAACAGCCACGGUUGGCAACCUUCUCAAAGGCCUGUUGGAGAACCACACUGCUUAUCCCAGUUUUGAGCCUCUGGCCAACCUGCAGGUCCAGUUCAACAACGUGGCUGCAGUCAUCAUCUUUUUUUCCUGGGUCAAGCUGUUUAAGUUCAUCAACUUCAAUAAGACCAUGAGUCAGCUCUCCAGCACCAUGUCUCGCUGUGCCAAGGACCUUGUGGGCUUUGCCAUCAUGUUCUUCAUCAUCUUUCUGGCAUAUGCUCAGCUAGCCUACUUGGUGUUUGGGACCCAAGUCAACGAUUUCAGCACUUUCCAAGCCAGCAUUUUCACGCAGUUCCGUAUCAUUCUGGGAGACUUUGAGUUCUCAGAAAUAGAGGAGGCGAAUCCUGUGCUCGGACCUAUCUACUUUACAACCUUUGUCUUCUUCAUUUUCUUUAUUCUCAUGAACAUGUUCCUGGCCAUCAUCAAUGACACAUACUCUGAGGUGAAGGCUGACAUGUCCCAGCAGAGGACCGAGAUGGAAAUGACUGACCUUAUUAAGAAGGGUUGUAACAAAGCUUUGAUGAAAUUGAGACUGAAGAAGACGGCGGUGGACGACAUCUCCGACAGUUUGCGUCAGGCCGGGGGCAAACUGAACUUUGAUGAACUUCGCCAGGACCUUAAAGGAAAGGGCCACACAGAUGCAGAGAUUCAGGCCAUCUUUGCAAAGAUUGAUCACGGUGGCGAUCAGGAGCUGACGGAGCACGAACACCAGCAAAUGAGAGACGACCUGGAGAAAGAGAGAGAGGACUUGGAUCUGGAACGCAAUUCGCUGACAAGACCCAACAGUGGGCGGAGCUUCCCUCGUACCCAGGAUGACUCGGAGGAAGACGAUGACGAGGAUAGUGGCCACAGCUCUCGUCGUCGCGGCAGCAGCUCAGGGGGUGUCCCCUAUGAAGAAUUUCAAGUGCUGGUGAGGCGCGUGGACAGGAUGGAGCACUCCAUCGGCAGCAUAGUCUCCAAGAUAGACGCUGUGAUCGUGAAGCUGGAAGCCAUGGAGCGAGCUAAACUCAAACGGAGAGAUGUGCUGGGCAGGCUGCUGGACGGCGUCAUGGAGGAUGAGCGUCUGGGAAGAGACACAGACGCCCACAGGGAGCAGAUGGAGCGGCUGGUGAGGGAGGAACUGGAGCGAUGGGAGUCUGAUGAUAUGGUCUCACAGGUCAGCCACCCACAGCCAGCCACUCCUGUCGGCCCCCGGCCCCGUCCCUCCUCUUCCUUGUCCACCGACGGCCUUGAGGCAAGCACAAAUGGGAGCGGCCAUGUGUGAGGACUUGGCCCAGGGAAGAAUAUUCCACUCUGGCAAGAAAAACUCUCUAUUUGAAAUUUCCCGGCAGCGGUACAAGUAGUUGUGGGACCAUUUUUGAAGAACAAAAUAAGGUACUUUAUUGAAGCGGUUUAAAUUUUUUGACGUAAUACAAAAGAGGUGAUAAAAUCAAAUGCACCUCACCUGAAAUACUUAAAUGCACUGAAAAUGAGACAUCUGAAAAUAUUCACUCAACUGUCUUUUAUAAAGUAUUUCUUUAAUAGGACCUAGAAAGAAAACUGUUUGAAAGACAUUAAAUAAUAAUGAAAGAUUUACAGUACAUUAUUACAUCACAUUAUUGGAUAUAAUACACCAGCCUUAAACCAUACUCAGUUGUACACAGCGUAUUAUUUUAGUAUAAUAUGAGAAAUAUGCUCACCUGCUUUGAUUACUGUAUCCACACAUCUUUGCAUUUACACAAAUACCAAAAAGGCGUUUCUAUGACUUUUAAUUUCACUUAUUAGUUUAUUUUUGUUCAUUUUAAUACACAGUAGGUACAAGUGCGGCACAUUCUGUCAUAUUUACUUAUACUCUGUACAACAAUGAAACUUCAAAUUAAAUAUUAUCAUUUAAUGAUUUAUAUUGUAACUUAAAACAAACUUCGAUUUGGAGUGCAUCUAGUGUUCAUGGGAAACCCAUGCAUUUAAUAUUUUUUCUCUGUGCCUUACUUUUUUUUUUUUUUUUUUUUUUUUACUUACUUUUAUUUUAUUUUUUCUCUUUUAUGCCAAAUAAAGUGUUCAAAUAUAA